UGUCUAUGCCCGCAAAUUACCAAUAUUCCCUUCCACAUGAAUUAAGCUUUUAAAUCUCUUUGCAUCGCAUUCAUGUCCACUCAAACACCCUCUUCAUCUACUCCUGAAGUUAGUAAGAAGAGAAAAAGAGACAAUUCAUCUUCGUCUCGAUGGAAACAUGAAGUUUUCCUUAGUUUUUAUGGCAAAGACACUCGCACAAGUUUUACGGAUCAUCUAUAUGCUGAUUUAAAACGGAAAGGUAUUCUCGUAUUUAGGGAUGAUGAAGCACUCCAGCGAGGAGAAGACAUUUCUAAAGCGCUUCGGAAAGCAAUUCAAAAAUCACAAUACGUCAUCGUCAUUCUUUCGGAAAAUUAUGCUUCUUCCAAAUGGUGCCUCAGGGAACUUGCCGAGAUCGUUGAAUGGGAGAAAAAGACGAAGCUGAUCACAAUUAUUCCUAUUUUCUACUAUGUGAAUCCUUCAGACGUAAGAAAUCAAAGAGGAACUUUUGCAAAAGCUUUCGCCGCACAUGAGAAAGAUCCCAAGCUAGACAUCAAAGAGAUUAAAAUGUGGAAAAAAGCUUUCAGUAAGGUGGGCAAUAUUAAAGGAGAGCACAUACAUGACAGGUACGAAUCAACAAUUAUACAAGACAUCAGUAGACGUAUAUCUCGUAAGUUGAAUUCUAGGUUCUCUAGUCAUGAUUACGAUAAACUUGUUGCAAUAGACUGCCCUGUAGACAAAAUGAUGAAGUUAUUGGAUAUGGAAUCGGAUGAUGUUCUCUUCAUAGGAAUUCAUGGGAUGGGUGGCGUUGGUAAGACAACGCUGGCCGAAAUAAUUUAUGAUAGAGUUUCUAAUUCUAAUAGUCAAUUUGAAGGAAGCAGCUUUAUUUCUUGUAUUAGAGAAAAAUCUGUUAGUGCUCGUGAUUUAGCUUCUUUACAAAAAGAACUCCUUUCUACAAUCAUGGAAGAAGAAAUACAUGUAUGGGAUCAAAACCAGGGAUAUCGGAUGAGAAAGAAGAUGCUGAGUAAUAAAAGGGUUUUUAUUGUCCUUGAUGAUGUGGCUAGUGACGAGCAACUGACGGCAUUAGCAGGGGAUCGGAAAUGGUUUGGUCCAGGGAGUAGGGUGAUUAUAACAAGCAGAGAUAGUCAUCUGUUGAAGAGGCAUGGAGUGAAUGUUAUCUAUAAGGUUGAGCAGCUUCAAGAAGAUGAAGCAUUGCAGCUCUUUAGUUUGUCAGCCUUCGACAAAACCCAUCCACCAAAGAAUUACAAGGAUCUAUCUAUGGAUUUUGUGAAUUAUGCUCAAGGCCUUCCUUUAGCUCUUAAUGUUUUGGGUUCCUUCUUAUAUGAGAGAGAAAUAGAUGCAUGGAAAAGUGUGAGAGAUAAACUAAAAGCAAUUCCUAAUCCAAAAAUUAUGGAUGUACUUCAAAUAAGUUUUGAUGGGCUGGAGGAAUCGCAAAAAGAGUUAUUUUUGGAUAUAGCGUUUGUCUUCAGAGGACAUGAGCACAUAUCUUCUGGGAUGUUAUUAGAAAGUUUUGGUCAUUAUCGCAUCGACAUUGAUAUUCUCCUCGAGAAGUCCAUCAUAAGCAAAUCAAAAUAUGGAUGGUUGUCCAUGCAUGAUUUGCUAAAAGAACUGGGCAGGGAAAUAGUUCGCCGCGAAUGCCGUAGAGAUCACCCUGGAGGACGUAGUAGACUAUUUUGUGUGGAGGAUCUCUAUCACGUACUGGAGACUGAUACUGGAACUGAUGCAACUAAAGCCAUAGUCGUGCAUUCUUGUGCUGAAACGGAAGAUCAGAAAGUACUCAAAGCCAAAGCAUUUUCAAAGAUGAGAAAAUUGAGGUAUCUUAAAUUCCCUGAUUCUCGAACUAUACAAUGGAGUGGAGAUCCUUUAAAAUACAUGCCAACCAAUGAGUUGCGAUUUCUAGAGUGGCCUGGAUAUCAUUUGAAAACCUUGCCGAGCAGUUUCCAACAAAAACAUCUUACUGUUCUAAGGUUGUAUGACAGUCGUAUCAAACAACUAUGGAAGGGGUCGAUGGUUUUACCCAAUUUGAAGGUAUUUGAUCCGAGUAAUUCUAAGAACUUGAUUGAAACACCAGAUUUGACUGGAAUCCCAAAUCUUGAGAGUUUAAACCUGGAUGGUUGUAGAAGCUUGUGUGAGGUGCACCCAUCCAUCGGAAGUCUCAAAAAAUUAAAAUGGUUGACACUUGACAAAUGUUCAAGCCUUGAGAAGUUACCAGACCUGAGUAGUUUGGAAUGCCUGACCUAUCUUGAAGCAAGUGAAACUACUAUGACACAAAUACCAUCUGUCAAUCUAAGGCCUAAGAGCAAUAUUGAUGACUUUGGCGUUCGAUUUUAUUUUAGUGGAAGCAAGUUGAUGCGACUUGAAUCAAGGGAUCCCAUCUAUGAUAUCGGAUCACUUGUAGAAUAUCAGAGGGAAGGAACAUAUGAUUACAUAGAAGCAAAGUGCAUUGAUUUUGACAGCAAAGUAGAAAAUAUUUUAGACAUGGCAGGUGUUGUUAUUUCGGCUUUAGAUGACGAUUUGAACAUGAUAAGUGGAUGGUCGUUGGGAUUCCAUAUGAUUCCAGAUUGGGUCCAGUAUAAAAGUAAUGGCUCCUUUGUAAAGAUAGAUUUGGAUGCUAAUACAAAUCCGGAGAUGGGGUUAGCUUUCUUUAUUGAGGUGAGGCUUACAAUAGUGUUUAAGACGGAUGAAGAAUAUUAUGUGGAAUAUAAUUGUUCAAGUUACAGUAAAAUGUCUCCUAUCUUGAACGUCUCUUUUGGUAAGCGAAUUGGAUUCUGGGUGUAUAUACCGGCAGUUUUGCGGUUAUUGGAUAUACGGAAGGUCAUUAAGAUUUCAUUUAAAACAUGCUGUACUUUGAGUGAAAAAGAAGUAGAAGUGAAAGAAUGCGGGGUGCAUUUAGUAUUUCCAGAUGAUGCUAAUUCAAAGUUCUAUAAUAGCAUUGCUCCUUUUGGCCAUUCGGGAUUUUCAAAUUCAAAUUUCCAUCGAAAAUUUGAAGCCAAUAUGAUGAAGGACAAAAGAAAAGAAAAAAAGGAAAAAGGAAUAAGAAAGUUGAAGAAGGGUGGCGGCAGUUAUGAAUCUUAUGAUUAAGGACGAAGGAAAAGAAAAAAGGAAAAAGAAAGUUGAAAAAGGGUGGCGGCAGUUAUGAUAGAGAUGAAACCUAAGAGCUGCCCUUCCACUUGCAUAUAGGCUGGAUCCUUUUGUUUAGGCUAAGUAUAUGUGUUUCUUCAACCCAUGUGUUGUUUAUUUAGAGUUGGUGUGUUUUAUCUCCUUCUCCUCAUUUUGGAAGAUGAGGAUUUUUUAUAAUUUUGUAAUGUUGGUAUGUUUAUUUAUUAAUAAAAGAAAUAGGUUAUUGGGUUUA